GUUUUUUUUUGGGCGGGAGGAGGAGUGGAGGACUUGGCCUGAUGCUCAGCAGCUGAAGCAGGACCGACUCCCAGGGCUAAUGAUCCGAAAGCUCUGCGCGGGGUCGGGGCUCGGGCUUGGGAACCGCUUCGGGGGCCUCCGCCUCUCGCAGCGUUUCCUUUUCCUGCUGCUGCUCAGCGGGUUCGUCACCGUCUGCUUCGGGGCGAUUUUCUUCCUCCCGGACUCGGUUCGGCUGCGACGUUUUUUCUCGCUGGCCACCGAGCUGCAGCGCGCCGACGCGGCCGGGAGCGGGAGCGGGAGCGGGCCAGGAGUUGGUGGAGAAGGAGGAGGAGGACAGGCUCUGGUGUCGCCGCGUCGACCGUCGACGGAUGGUCGCGUUCGUCCGAUCCACAGACGCCGGAAAGGCCAGGGAGAGCGGGUCGACGAGGAGACGGCGGAGGAACACCUCGGGUUCAGUGAACCUGCAUCCGACGUCGGGAAUCGUGGUCAGGGCAGGACAGACCUGAAUGCCUCCAAAAUGGAACCUGUCAGUCGCCCGUCUCGGCCGGCACCAGCAGCCCAGCCAACACCGUCGACGACGAAGGAUAUUGGGAGCUACCGGGAGAAAGUCAAGGAGAUGAUGAAGUUUGCCUGGGAUAACUACAAACAAUAUGCAUGGGGAACUAAUGAACUCAAACCAAUAUCUAGUGGCCAUACAAGUGGCUUAUUUGGAGGGCUUCAGGGAGCUACAAUUGUGGAUGCUUUGGAUACACUCUUCAUUAUGGAUCUUCAAGAUGAGUUCAGAGAAGCCAAAGAGUGGGUGGAAAACAACCUCGCUUUGAAUGUGAAUGGCGAAGUGUCUGUGUUCGAAGUGACGAUUCGAUUUGUUGGUGGGCUGCUGUCAGCAUAUUAUUUGACAGGCGAAGAGUUAUUCAAGACUAAAGCAAUUGAAUUGGGUGAGAAGUUACUGCCAGCAUUUAACACCCCUACAGGCAUUCCAUGGGCCUUAAUAAACCUGCGCAGUGGAGUUGGACGGAAUUGGGGUUGGGCCUCUGGGGGAAGCAGUAUUCUAGCAGAAUUUGGCACCUUACACCUGGAGUUUGUGCAUCUGAGUGAGGUGUCAAAUAAUCCAAAGUUUGCUGAAAAGGUGAUGGCAAUCCGUAAAGUUCUGAAUCGGUUAGAAAAGCCUCAUGGACUUUACCCCAAUUAUUUGAGCCCCGUCACUGGUCACUGGGGUCAGCAUCAUGUCUCGAUUGGUGGUCUUGGAGAUAGUUUCUAUGAGUAUUUGAUCAAAGCCUGGUUGAUGUCUGACAGUACUGAUGAAGAAGCUAAAACAAUGUAUUAUGAGGCUUUACAGGCGAUAGAAACAAACUUAGUAAAGAAGUCUAGUAGUGGGCUGACCUACAUUGCAGAGUGGCGAGGUGGGAUCCUGGACCAUAAGAUGGGACACCUAGCAUGUUUCUCAGGAGGCAUGUUAGCCAUGGGAGCUGAUGAUGCACCGGCAGAGCAGUCUCAACACUACAUGGAACUGGCAGCAGAGAUCGCAGCUACCUGUCAUGAGUCAUACAGAAGAUCAGCUACUAAACUUGGUCCUGAAGCAUUCCGUUUUGAUGGUGGUGCAGACGCAGUUGCUACAAGAAUGAAUGAUAAGUAUUAUAUCCUGCGACCCGAAGUGGUGGAGACCUACAUGUAUAUGUGGAGAUUUACCCAUGACCCCAAGUACAGAGAUUGGGGCUGGGAAGUUGUGCAGGCUCUGGAGCAGCACUGUCGAGUGGAUGCUGGAUUUUCUGGGAUCAGAGAUGUGUACAGUUCCCCACCAUACCACGAUGAUGUACAGCAAAGUUUCUUCCUUGCAGAGACAUUGAAGUAUCUCUACGUGCUGUUCUCUGAAGAUGAACUUCUGUCUCCGGAACAUUGGGUAUUUAACACAGAGGCACAUCCACUACCUAUAAUACAUGGGAGCAGAGAGCAGAAGUGAUCGCAUUUGACCAGUAAACCUUUCUCUGAAGAAGGGAUAAUCUUUUGUUCAGUCUGUUGGGUUGAAAUAUAUUUCCUUUCCAGAAAGGACCAUUCUUGAUGUAGAUAGAACUGAGAAGAGAUUCAGCUGUCCAAUCAAUUGUUGUAGUAUUUGACCUUCAGUGGGCAUAUUAAUUUCCUCCAUGAGGAGUUGCAUGGCCUAAUUGGCUGUUUAUAGUGGGCCGCACCAAAAAGCAAAGGCUCUGAAAUGUAUUGUUCAUAUACAAGAAUUGACGUGGGGAGAAUGCAAACAUCAAUUUAACUCUGUUCUUUCUUGACCAAAGGAUAUAAAUUUGACAUAUUGAAAAGAUGUAAAAGCAGUUUUUAUUUUGUCAGUCUUGUGUCUGACAAAAUAACCAAUCAGUAUGCUUAAAAAAUUAUCCAAAUCAAACUGAGAGUUCGAUGCAUCCCUACACAUAGAAAUUACAAGAGAUAUUUGUUGGAAUGGAAUGUGCAUUCUCUCCCCAGAGGGAUGCUUACCAAUGAGGGCACUGCUUGGCAAGCUUUUCUGCUGCUUGUCCAGCUAGGACCACUAUCUCUUAGGGCUUUGCCUUGCAGGGCCCAGGAGCUGAGGCAGAGACCCUCUUACCAUUAACUGGUCUGCUGUUCCAAGUCUUGGUGAUGAGCCAGCCUAGAGUACUGCAGACCUACCUGGCUCAGGAAUUAUUUUAGCUGGUUAAACUACAUAACUAAACAUGACCCGAUUUCUGGUGUCCCCAAGCCUUAGCUUUUGUCAAACUAUAUCCAACUACAUUCAGGUUUAGGUAACCAGGGUGCGUCCCUCUGGAGAGCAAGUGUAUGUUCCAUUCCUGACAAACCGAAACCAUACAUUUUAUGGAACUUCCAGAAGUUCAGUUUGGAGACUCUUAAGGAUAGUUUAGGGUUUUUGGCUGUGUCAAUUACCUGACUGACUAAAUAAAAACUCUACCCUGUUAUGCCUCUUCAUCCCCUACCCCUCGGUGGGAAAUUAGGUCGUCUAUUAUCAUACAUAGUCUUGUUCCCAGGUCCACUGAUGUCCAUCCACUUACCUGUCGUACAUCAAGACCUGGAUGAGCACCAACCUUAUGCAGCUAAUCAUGGACAAGACAUUAGCCAUCCUCCUUGUCUUCCUCCAAUGUUUCCUGACCUCAGUCUCUAAUCUUUGAAACUCACUGAACCAAUUGCAACCUCAGCACUUGUGUUCGAUCCCCCAUUCUAUCCCUGAUUAGGACUGCUGUUCCUCUACCUCCACCAUAUUGCUCACCUCCAAUCUUAUCUCACACCAGAUGCUGCGAAAACCUCAUCCAUGCUUUUGUCACCUUCCUGCCUUGAUUUUUCAAACCUAUUCCUUGCUAGUCUCUCCAGUUUCGCCAGUCAUAGGGUCCAGCUAAUAUAAAAUUCUGCCACCUAUACUUAUUUUCCAGGAAUGCAACUCAGGAGAAAUAGGAUAAUAGGGUGUUAGAAAUCCAUUAAAGAUUAUGAAUUAAGAAUUAUUCCAAUUGUUAAAAAAAGUAUGUAAAAUCUAUUUCACGUCUUUUGUGAUCCAAAGAUAGCAUCACGUGAGUGCCUAAUAUUUGUAGCUUGAGAAAUUUUAUUUUUAUUAACCUGAAGAACAAAGUUCCAGUGGAUGAGGUGGCACUUUUAGCGAUAGCUUCACAUUUCUAAAGUGUAUUCUUAUCCCACAAGCACAACAAACAUGUGUUCUGAGAGCUCUGCAAAGCUAUAAUAAUACUUGCAUUUGAUAUAGCGACUUAACACAUUUUUGAGAUGUUUCAAAGCACUUCACAGAAAAUACUGUAAAGUAUAGGGACUGUAUUUUGUGGGCGAAACGUGGCAGGAAAUUGUCCACAAACAGCUGUAGAUUGAGUGACCAAAUUAUUAUUUUUCUAUGGCAAAAGCCCACUUCAAAAGGCCUGAUGUUUAGGAUCCAUGAGAUGGUGUAUUCAAUGAUAGAGUUGUAUUAGCAUAUUUUAGGAGGCUUUCUCUUUCCCUUUCGAAAUAAAGAAAAGCAAGAAAGAGAUGCAAAAAAAGACGAUACAACAUAAACAGAAAAAGCAUUAAAAUAACAAAUUACUAUGUAAUAAGAUUGCAGCACAUAAACACCAGAGAAAGACUUAUGUGCAAUACAGAUUUGUUGACUGAAAAAAUGUGAGCACGAAUUUAUAACCUGCAAGGUAAUAAGAAUGAAAAUGGCAAUUAAUGAUAUUGUGGAUUGAGUGACCAAAUUAUUAUUUUAAAAAAAUUAAAAGUGCAAUGACUAACACGGACCUUGAGAAUUUGAAAUAGUAUGUCUUGGUUAGGAUGCUUUUGAAUCUUUUUGUCAGAUAAAUUGUUGAAAAUAUAUUGGUAUACAAAAAUAGUAUUGCAAAGGAUUCUUAGAAAGAGAUGAUAAGCAACAAAUAGUUCAAAUAUUGUACCGUGUUUCAUAAAGAUAUAUUCAUUACAUGGAGCAAAUUAAUUCAAUUAUCAAUAAUGGCUUAUAUAUAGUGAGAUAAACUUAAGAUUGCAAGAGACGGCAGAAAUAACUUGAGCAAUUAGCCAAAGUAAUGGCGAUUAAAUAUCACUUGUCAACUGUUAUCAACCAUCAGCUCAAAGUGGAGAGUUGACAAGUUGUUUAUGCGAGACUGGGAGACUAUCAAAUCUUAUUGUAUUUGUCAGAAAUAAUUUUAAAUUAUAGAUAAUAUGGAGAGAUCAUAGGCAAUUGUGUUAGAGAGUUAAGAGCAUAAAAGAUCUUGAGAAAAUGAGUGUCUGUUGACACAGUUGAAGUGGAGCAUUAAGGUAGAUGCUAUGCAAGUUCUCACGAUGACAUUCAGCUGGUUGGAAAUAUUCAUUAAAGUACUCACUGUGAAAUUUUACCGCCUUCGUAUUCCAAGAGUCUCAGAAAUGUGGAUGAGCCGAGAACUAAUUUAAUUGGGCUUGAAAUUGAAAGGUAACUAACCAGAGUGUAGGAAUUUGAGAAAAUCAAAAUAUAUUUUUGUUUUGAUUUAUGACUGUUCAUUGAGUUAGUUCAUUUUAACAAUGGAUGGAUAUCAGGAAAAAAACAGUUAAUAAUCCUUGCGUUUGAUAUUAAUUUAUCCAUAAUAGUCGUAAAAGCAGAAUUAAAAGAAUGGAACUUAUCCAGCCAGGUACUUACCUGUCUAAGUUACUGGAAUAUAAGGUUCGCACUUCUAAGAAUUAUUUAUAAAGGCUGAAUGUUUACAGUAACUUGGAGCUCAGUAUUUUCUACUAGUCUUCAGGCACCUCUUUGACCACUUCACACACCCUCCUACUCAGUAGGGUAGUCUCUAAGACAUUAUUCCACUUGAAGGUUGCUGUAAGGCUAUCUACGUGUUUCUUUGUAUCUGCCCCUUGUGUGUGUAUCUGUGUGUGUGUGUGUGUGUGUUUCUUUCUGAUCUCUCCUGUUAUCAGUCUGAAAGUGAUCACCCAUCAGUCACUUUCAGUCAGUAACGUGAGAGAGACCUGCUAACCAGCACCUUGCUGGGUCAGAGCAAGCCUGAGCUCCGGACACACAUUACGACUGUUCGCGCCCGGAGAAAGAUCUCCCCGGCUGAAUGCCACCCACGAGUUGCCAAUUGAAUUAAUGGCAAAUGAUAAAUUGGCGCCAUCAAAUUUUGCCUUAUACCCAGGUUAAGUCAAACCUAGAGAGGUAAUGAAGUAAGUGAAUGGAUAAAUCAUUUAAGCAUCAUUCAACUUUGAAGGUAUAAGAUUAUACUAGCCUAGAGAAGUUAUUUGUCCAGAACAUUAGUUUCUUUUAAAAAAAAGCAAUAUAUGAAAGAAAUAGCACCAGUAACCCAGCUGAUGAAGAAAACUACAUUCUGCUAUGAUACAAAUGUUUGGUGUUUUUUAAGAUAGUAAUUAUAUUGGGUGUAAUUAUUCUGUUCCUCUUAAAUAAUAUUGCAUGCUUCAUCCUUUAUAAACAUUUGCUUUUAAAGAUGCUUGAUUUGAUAUUGGAUAAUUAUAACUUGAUUGCAAUUCUUUAAAUCUUUCACAAGGCAGAUUACUAUCUAAAUCCAACUUUAUUAUAUUCCAUUUAUUAUCCCGAGUGGAGUGAACGUUCAUUGUGUUACAUUUGUUUCAGUUGAUGUACGUUAGAAAAUGUGUCAGAAAUACGCUGCAAAUAUCACACUGUCAUGCGUUUUCUGGCUCAAAAGCAAGAGUUUCAGUAUUUUGUGUUCUUGGUCUUGAGUGCACACAUAUGGUUGCCUUAAGUCCACAGAUAAUUUAGGUGGGAUUGCUGAAAAUGUUGUGCCUUGUAGCCUCAGAGUCCUAAGAAUUAUUUGGUGGUUUAAUAAAUCAAAAUGGAAUCCAAUUGAAAGUAAACCCACCCACCAUUGAGGUCAAUUUUGUAAGGUAGACUCGAUCCAAUAUUCUAUAAUCAUAUAAUUCAGGCUGAAUUAGGUUUUGCACAACCUUGACAUUCACCUUGAGCUGAGUUUCAACUCCCAAAGAACAACAUCACCAGCACUGCUUUCUUCCACCUACAGACCAUUGCCUUCUCAACCCACAGCUGCUGAAACCCCUUAUCUGCUAUAAUUGCCUCAAGGAUAGGUUUUCCCAAUGCUUUCCUCAAUGUCACCAGAAGUAUCAGCUGACCAGAACUCAGUAUGGUUUUUCAUAUACCUUAAUUCUCUCCAAGCUCCUUACAUCCAUUACCUGCAUCCACAAUGGGUUUACUUUCUUUGACUCAAUCCCUCAGUGGAUUGAUAUAAGAUUCUUGUUCUGGUCUUCAAGGUCUUCUGUGGGCUAAUCCCAUUCUAUUUAUGCAAUCCAGCGCCCUGGGGUGUCGUCCUGACGUGAAAGGAGCUAUAGAAAUGUAAUUUUGUAUUGUAUCUUCUGGAUCCCUAGUCCCAACCUUUACCCUCAACUCUUUAGGCUCUGGUUUAUUGCUUGUUCUUCACUUCCUUUAUUCCGUCACAAACCUGAGACUUCAACCAUCGUGCCCCUAUUUUCCACAUCACUCCUCCGAAACCAUUUUUGCCUUGCAAUGUCUCUCCUUGCCUCAAAAACCUAAAAUAUAUCUGUUUCAGUGCAUUUGGCUAAUUGCCUUAAUUCUCUUGAAUUUGAGAUAUUCUUUGAUAUAAAAUCACUAUUGAGCUAAUCCUCCACAUAAUUAACUUUUCGCCCUGCCACAUCUUAAUCUAUCUUGAAGUGUUCCCAAACAAAGUGGUUUUAUUGCUAUUAAAGGUUGUCAUUGCAGUGUUUCUUGGAUCAAUUGAGAGAAUUAAUCCUGGUUAGAUUUAUACCACUUAGAAUUUCGUCACAAAUCAAUGAUCGUUAUUCUCACAAUAUAGAGGUGAUGUUUUUGGUGUAUUUUCUAUGGAGCAUUUAAAGUAUGUAGAUAAUAUUAAUAGUACUGGGAGUGGUGUGGGUUUUGCAAGACCAAAAUUAACCGAUUUAUUCUGAUAAUUUAUUUACUUCAAACCAGUGUCCCAUCUCCUAACUCAUUUGUAGUUCGUCUACACACCAGAUGUGGGUAUGUGUGGCUUACUCUGAAUUUAUUGUAUGUUGAUUGAAAAAUAAAGUGACCAACAGAAUGCUGCACUGCAGCAGCCAUUCACCACAAAUGAUUCUCAGUUUUUUCCCCUCGAUUCAGGACAGUGCGAUGAUGGUACUCGGUGUCGGGGUUAUUUACGUGAAAACUUUCAUAGUAACUUUUUAUAAAUUUUUCACAAUACAACCAACAUUGAUUUAAGAAAUAAUAUUAAGAUGAGAAUGUAAUAUAAUUUGAAAACUGUGAUUGAUAUGUAUUUAAUCACCAUACAGACUGAUAUGUUAACUGUGUCGGAAAUAUCUUGAUGAAAUAAUAAGUGGAUGUGUUGACUUAUUGAUGAUAUUGAUGACAGGUUUGUACGUUGGCUCCUCACAUAUGCAGUUCUCAGCAGGUUUGUGUUCAUAUGAAUAAAUGAAUAAAGCAAUAAUGUGAAGCA